CGCGGGGGAGCUGCGGCGGCGGCAGCGGCGGUGUAGCGGGAGGACAGCCCGGGCUCCGAGGGACCGACGGACGCAGGCGCGGUUGUCGGGGAGCCAUGGAGCGCGGCCCCGAGGCCGGGGUUCGCGGGCCGCGGCGAGUUUCCCACUGCAUGACAUGGAGACCUGUGGCUGCAAGGCUCCUGGCUGCACGACUUGGACCGCGAUGGGGCCGGGCUGCAGCCUCCUAACGGGGCCGUUCGGAGCAUCCCCGGCCGGCCCUGUGUGGGUCCCACGCACGCCAUGAACGGCCUGUCGGUGAGCGAACUCUGUUGUCUCUUCUGCUGCCCGCCCUGCCCCGGCCGCAUCGCUGCCAAGCUCGCCUUCCUGCCACCUGAGCCCACCUACUCACUGGUCCCCGAGCCUGAGCUGGGGUCCUGUGGGGCUGGGGCUGCCCCCUCGGGUCCCCUGCGGACCUCGGCGGCUGCUACCACCCCAGGGCGCUGGAAGAUCCACCUGACAGAGCGAGCUGAUUUCCAGUAUAGCCAGCGUGAGCUGGACACCAUGGAAGUCUUCCCCAUCAAGAGUGCGCGUGGCAACCGCAUCUCCUGCAUGCAUGUGCGCUGUGUGCCUAGCGCCAGAUACACGGUUCUCUUUUCCCAUGGCAAUGCGGUGGACCUGGGUCAGAUGUGCAGUUUCUACGUGGGCCUGGGAACCCGCAUAGGCUGCAACAUCUUCUCCUAUGACUACUCUGGCUAUGGCAUCAGCUCAGGCCGGCCCUCUGAAAAGAACCUCUAUGCGGACAUCGACGCUGCCUGGCAGGCCUUGCGCACCAGGUACGGGAUCAGCCCGGACAGCAUCAUCCUGUAUGGCCAGAGCAUCGGCACAGUGCCCACGGUGGACCUGGCGUCGCGCUACGAGUGUGCCGCGGUGGUUCUGCACUCGCCACUCACCUCGGGCAUGCGCGUAGCCUUCCCAGAUACCCAGAAGACCUACUGCUUCGAUGCCUUCCCCAACAUCGAGAAAGUGUCCAAGAUCACGUCGCCCGUGCUCAUCAUCCACGGCACGGAGGACGAAGUGAUCGACUUCUCACACGGGUUGGCGCUGUACGAGCGCUGUCCGAAGGCCGUGGAGCCGCUGUGGGUGGAGGGCGCCGGGCACAACGACAUCGAGCUGUACAGCCAGUACCUGGAGCGCCUGCGCCGCUUCAUCUCCCAGGAGCUACCCAACCAGCGCACCUAGGGCGCUUGCGCGGACCUCGGCCUCCGCUGCUGCCAGGGCUGCAUGUGACCGGGCGCCGGGCCUGUCCGCCCGCUGCUGCCCGCAAGAGAGGGAAUCCGAAUUAAAGAUUGAAGAUUUUA